AUGGAUCAACAUGACGAAAGAAAAUCUGUGAUACCAGAUUUCCCAACAAAAACUGAAGACACAGUACCCAUGUCCAUCAAAAUAGAAACAACUACUGAUUUUAUUCCUGAUGGCAAUCCCUCAGCAGGAGCAUCUAAUCUUAGAUCCUCGUUGGGUAUAUCAUACACACCAUACACUCCUAAUUCCAUGUUUACAAGAUUUGCCAUGACCUGUGACAAAUUUGGUAUCAAAGAUGAUGUGGCUGCAGCAAUGGCAACAGCAAUUAUGAAAGACUUUGGCGUCAAAGCUAGGGGAGGCCGUCCUGCCAUUGUGACUAAAUCAAAGGUUCACCAAUGGAAAUUAAAAUGUAGACAAGCUGUUAUAAGUAAAAGAUUUGAUGCUUCCACUUUACUAGCAUUUUCAUUCCAUAUCAAAAAAACUGAUUCCAUAACCCACUUAGCUGUAGUAAAGGAACCAAAUUCGCAAUUAUUAGGUUACAUAAAAUUAGCGAAUGAAGAUGCAGAAAAUAAAGUCAACAAAAUAAACGGUUUUUUGACCCAAAAAAAAUUUUUACUGGAUUCUUUGAUUGGCAUCUGUUGUGAUGGAGAACCUACAAACACCGAUGCAAGCAAUGGAAUUUUGCGUCGGUUCGAAAUUCAAUUAAAGAGACCACUACAUUGGUUCGUGUGCCUUCUCCAUCUUAACGACCUUUCUUUUUGGCAUCUGUUUGACUAUUUAAAAACAUCAACCAGAAAAAGACCUGGACAGCUGAGCAAACAAAUUGAAACUUGUGAAAAUAUAGCGCCUGUAACAAAUUUUGUACCGAUCCCUCUCGAAAAUGUAGCUGAUUUGAGCGUUGAUGAAUCCUCAACCGACUCAAAUUAUUUGCUAAAAAUUGCCAAGGCAGUGUCUUCUGGUGAGGUUUCUAAGGAUUUGGCUGAAGUUAAACCUGGGCCUAUCGCACAUCCUCGCAUGAUCACAACAGUCAGCCGAUUGUUACGGUUAUAUGUGACAACUGAUGAACCAUCAAAUACUUUAAAAACAUUGGUACAAUAUAUCAUGAAGGUGUUUGUUCCAAUGUACUUCAAUGUCAAGUGUUAUAAUUCGGUGGUGUAUGGUAGUGUACUAUUGUACAAAUUCAUAUGCUGGACUCAAUAUUUGGAUUUAAAUUUGAAGCAAAUUGUACAUAAUGUUAUCACACAAAAUGCGUACUACGCUCACCCUGAAAACAUUUUAUUAACAAUGCUGUUUGACGAUAGGAAAGAGACCCGCGAUUUAGCUAUACAAAAGAUUUUAUACUACCGUAAAUAUGUGGAAGAACCUUUGGAAUUGAGAGCUUAUAAAAUACCAAGUAUAAACUUCAACUGCACGGACUAUACGGAUAUGAUUGACUUGAAUGAUAGUUCAAACUUAUUCGAACCACCGUUUACUGUAAACAUACCUUAUGAACACCUGGAACAGUACCUGGAAAAACCUGAACCACCAUUAGUUAAUCCAAUGAUUCCACUGCACAUACUAGAAACAGAAAGACAUGUUGAAUUCCUGGCUUGUGGAUCAAAAAAAGUAUUAGAUGAUAAUGGACAAUUAGAAAGUUGUGAGAAACUUCCUAAGCUUGAGUGAAAUAAAGAUUUAGGGACCGAUUCUGCCUUCAACUGACCAAUGUUAUGACAAGGCCAUGUUACAUGUAUUAUGCUACUGAAUCAUACUGAAUACUUUCAAAAUGUCAUGUAUUUGCUGUGCAUUCAGGUAUUUUACACAUAAACUGCAACAUCACUCGUAUGUUAUGAAGCUGGGUAAGAAAGACUUUGUAAUCUUAGAUCGUUUUUUUUAUAUUUGUGCAGUUUCUAGGUUAAGUUUUUCAUCUGACAACCUUAGUAAAACGCCUGACUGCAUAGCAACCACGUGGCUUUUGUCAAUAUUUAGUACGGAAAGCUCUUCAUAACAUGGCCUUGCCAUAACAUUUUUCUUUUAUGCGGCACAAUCGGUUCCUUAGUAUUGAAGCAACUUACACAUGAUAUUGCUGCUUGAAGUUCACUUUCAUAUGCCCCAAUGGCUGAAAAAUUGAACUACCUGAUA